UGUUGUGUAGCGUGGUCGGCGAAUCUGUGUCGCAGUGAUGGCUACCCAAGAUCGAUGGUUUUUCUCGAAGGAAAAGCUUGUAAACACCCCAAGCAAGAAGGAUGGGAUAGAUAUGAGGAAGGAGCUAUUCUACAGGCAACAGGCGGCAACGCUAGUGCAAGAUAUGGGACAGAAACUCAUGGUAUCCCAGCUGUGCAUCAACUCAGCCAUCGUGUACAUGCAUCGGUUCUACAUGUUCCACUCAUUCUCCAAGUUCCACCGAAACCUGAUGGCACCAUGCUGCCUCUUCCUGGCCUGCAAAGUGGAGGAACAGCCCAGGAAGCUGGAGCACCUUCUCAAGGUCGGCUGGAACUGCAUGAACAAGGAGCCCCUGGACGUCAAGUCAGACAAAUUCAAGCAGCUGUAUGACGAGCUGGUGAGGAACGAGAACAUCCUCCUCGCAACUCUUGGGUUUGACUGCUCUAUUGAUCACCCUCACACUCAUGUUGUAAAAUGCUGUCAACUCAUUAAAGCUAGCAGGGACUUGGCGCAAACGUCCUACUUCAUGGCCACAAACAGCCUGCACCUGACCAUGAUGUGCCUGGAGUACCGCUCCACCCUGGUGGCCUGUGUCUGUAUCUACCUCGUCCACAAGUGGUCGGGCCACGAGAUCCCGAAGUCGUCCAAGGGCAAGGACUGGUUCUGGUACGUCGACCGGGACGUAACUUUGGAACAACUAGAGCGCGUUAGUGAGGAGUUCCUGCUCAUCUUCAAUCAGUGCCCCUCCAAGUUGAAGAACAAGAUCAUGAAGUCCAGCCGGGCCAUCAGUGAUCAGGAGGCGGAGCAGAUGAAGCGGCAGCGGAACGAGGCGUCCCGUCCGCGCCAGCCGGCGCCGCCGUCCGCGGCGAGCUCCGGCAGCGCGCCGGCGGCGGCUGGAGCGGGACCGUCGGCGCCGCUGCUGGCGGGGCCGCCGCCGCCGCCGUCCGGGGCCUCGGCGUCCGCCGCCGCUCCACCGGCCGCCGCCGCCAGACCCACCGGUGCUCCGGAGCACGGCGGAUCGUCGCGGACGGCGCACCAGCCGCCGCUGCCUCCGUCGCACUCGUCGAGUGGCUCUUCCUCUGGACAGCGGCCCGACUCGCACAAGCUGGCAGCGCGCGCCUACCGCGACAAGAAGGAGCGCGAGCACUUCAAGGUCGACAAGAAGCGUGACAGCGAGCGCGACCGGAGACCAGCGCCCCGGCCGCCGCUGAAGCAGGAGCCGGGUGCCUCUGGCGACUCGCACAAGCCGCGCCAGGACGCACUGCACAAACCGAGCAGUGUCAGUGACGUGCGCGACUUGCUGAAGGACGUGGACGCUCGGCACAGUCUGCUGAAUAGCAUGGAGCACCCGGCGCAGCGCGGCGCCGAGCCGCCGCGGCAGUCGCACUCUCGGCCGCACCCCGGCCACGCGCGGCCGCACCCGUCCGCGCCGCCGUCGGCCGCCGCCACCGCCGACAAGCCGCCGCACUCGCGGAGUGGCCAGGAGCUGUCGGGCAGUCACGGGGCGCGUCACCCGUCGUCGCAGCGGCACAGGACUGACGGUGACUCGGCCCACAAGUCGGGCCAUCACCGGCGGUCGGCGCCGUCCGCGGCCGCCGGCUCCGGCGCGCCGCCGCCCUCCUCCAGCAAGGCGCCCAAAGUGGAGCGGCCGCCGCCACCGCCGCCGCCUCCCGUCUCGUCCUCGGUGCCCACCAAGCAGGAGAAGCGGUCGCCGCUGCGGCUUGACCAGCCGAACGGCGUGUCUCUGCCGACGGCGCCUCCGCCGCCGCCGGUCCGGGACCCGCUCUCGGCCAGCCUGGCUCUGGCGCAGAUCAAGGACGAGUUCAUGCCGACGCCGAUCAUUAGUCCGCUGCGAUCGCCGCUGUUCAGCACUACCUCACCGGACCUUGCCGACGCGCUGCCGCCGUCAGAGCCCGAGCCGUCGCUUGCCAGCAUUGUGCCAAAGAUGGAGAAGAAGUUGUCUCCGCUGUUCUUCACCGAAUCGUCUCCUCCCGCCCCACCGCCGCCGCCUCCGCCGGCUCCGGCGCCGCCGCCUAUAAAGGUAGAGCACAAGACUCCGCCGCCCGUGGUGCCGCCCCCGCCACCGGCCGCGGCGCCGGCGCCUCCGCGCGCCCCACCUGCCGAGUCCAAGUCGCGACCGAAGCCGCUCUCGCCUCUGAAGCUGCCCACGAACGGCAGUGGUGGCGGCUCCAUCUUCAGUCCGCCGGCGACGCGGCCCUCGCGCGGUCCGCCCACCGAUCCGGAGCUGGUGCUGCCCAAAGUGGACGACAUCCCCAUGUUUAGCCCUCUGAAGGGCGGCACUACGGGGAGCAUCCGUCUGCCGCGCGGCGGCGGCCCGCUGCCCGGCGAGCCGCGCUCCAACUCCAUCAGCAGCCACGACAGUGACUUUGAGCUGGUCGCUCCCGCUCCGUCGCUGCCGCCUCCCCCGCCGCCGCCGCCGGCCCCGGUGGCGCCCGUGUCUGCGGCUCAGGCGGCCGUGCCGUUCAAGACGGCUCCGUCGGAGGACGUGGCGCUGGCGAAGGUGCCGUCGGCGCCGCCCUCUCUGAUGAAUGCUCCGAUCUCGACGAGUUCUCUGCUGGGAGAGGCGGGCCGCGAGGACCGCCACAAGCACAAGGAGAAAAAGAAGAAAAAGAAGGAGCACAAAGAGCAUAAGGAGCAUAAGCACAAGAAGGAGAAGAAACACAAGGAGCAUAAGGAGAAGAAGAAGGACAAGCACCGUGAUCGUGAGGAGCCCAAGCUGAAGAUAACCAUUUCCAAAGACAAGCUGGAGGGCACGGAGUCGGCGGCGGCGGCGGACACGUUCAUUCCCAAGUUGACCAUCCGGCGUGAGAGCAGUCCGCUCUCCAGCCCGGGCAACUCGCUCAAGAUCCGCAUCGGCAAGGGCCAGGUGACGCCGGCCGAGGCGCCCAAGGCGAAACGUCGCCGCGAGAGCUCCGAGUCGGACCCGGGCAGUCUGGUGGCCUCGCUGCACACCUCGGCGCCCAAGCACAAGCACAAGCACAAACGGCACCGUCAGGACUCGGACCGCUCGGACGCUCUCCAUUUCUAGCCGAUCGGCCGACCGCCGCCGCCGGCUCGCCCCGCGGCCCCGGCCCCGGCCCCUGCGCGGCGGUGGCGCUCCGCCCGCCGCGCGCCAGCCGCCUACCCCGGGCUCUAGCUAAUGUGUAUUGUGUUCAUGGACUCUGUGAUGUAUGGCGUGGUGCGGACGCGCGCUUCCCGGCCCGCCCGGCGCUCUCCAGCGCCAGGGGCGGCGCCGGAAACUUGAGUGCUGUGAUGAUAAAAAACGUGUAAGUCUUUCCGAGGUGGGCGCGCACGUCCUGGAGCGCUGGACCCGGCAUCGGCACUGUCUCCAGCCCUCCCGUCCGCGCUACCCCGCCCGGCGCCGCCCUCGCUGCGCGCCGUCACUCACUACGCGCUCCCAUCGCGCGUUGUUGCUCAGCCGGCCGGAGCUGGCCGGUCCGCCGCCGCGGCGCCCCGAGCGCGGCCCGCGGCUGUUGGUAUUCGUGGUGCAAUGUGGCCAGAGAGGCUGCCUAAUCUGCGCCCGCCGGCCCAAGGUCCUGUUUUGUACCUACGUAUAUUUUGUAUGUAUCCGUAACAUGCAUGUUAAUGUAUGUCUAGGUAUGUUGUGUGCGGGGAUUCGUCCCUAUGAUAAAUGCCUGGCUACCGCCACAUUUAUGCAAUAUAUCGUAAAGUGUGA